AUGGUAUCCCCCUCCAGCGUAACGCCCUCGUGGAGGGUGAGUCGUAGUCAAUGCGCCAGUGAUAGAGAAGCAAAUCCCAAGAAAAUUCCCCGACUAGGCAAAACUGCGUCUCGUUAUGCAGUAUCUAGCACGGAGUCCGAACUAGAGGAACCUGCAUCCACCGACCAAGAAGAAGCUGCAUCCACUGAACAAGACGAAGCUGCAUCCACCGAGCCGGAAUUUAUUGUCACCACGCCGACUUUCCCGGAAAGACUGUUCGCACGUAAUUGCUAUCCUGGCAAACCUCGACUGAACAUCUAUUCAAAGGCGAGUAUCAUUGGAUCGUUAGUGAAGUUGCUAAGAGGCUCCCCUGAAAUGAAUUGUCUGCUAGGAAGUCAGUUUGGAGCUCUGUUCCACUUACCUGUAUCGCGCUGCUCAAACUCUGCGAAACUUGUACAUUCUCUCCUCAGCCGUCAGCUGGUUACGAUGCGCCUAUAUGAGCUCUGGUUCUUGUUUGCAGACAAGCCACUACGCUUUUCUCUGCGUGAGUUCGGAGACAUCACGGGGCUGAAAUGCGAGCCUGAAAGGGAAAAAGUUGGAAACGGGUCAGAAUCUAUCGAUGCCACACCUGGACGUAUGUGGAAAGAGUUGUUUGAAACUGAAGAUGAAGACGUGACUGUACCAGAUGUUCUUCGUAUGCUUGAACAGCCUAGUCUUCCUGAGUGGAAGCGGUUGCCACUAGCUCUCAUUGCGCUUGUAGAUGGGCUCCUGGUUUGUGGUCACAAACUUCUUCGUGUGACGCCUGCUUACAUAACUUAG